CUUAACCAACAACACCCGUGAUCUCCGAGACCAGAUAAAGGCCAUCAAUGAGUCUGUUGAGGCGUCCAGGAAAGAGGCAGAAGAUAUCGUUGCGGAACUGCUGAGGUACGCCCGUGGCGAGACGCCGGCAGUGUCGGUGGAGCAGGCACUGGCGGACGUGCGCGCCAUCUUAGAGCUGAUGCAGAAGCGCAACUUCAGCGAGGCCCAAGAGAGGGCGGAAGCGGAGCUAGCUGCGGCCCGCCGCCUACUGGAGCGUGUUGGCGGAUUCGGCGUGAAUAGGACGGCGCAUCAGGUGGUCUCCUCGCGGCUGGAGGAGAUGCGGCGCCGCCUACUUGACAUGCAGCAGCUGAUGGAGGAGCAAGUACGCCGUCCCGUCCGGAAGGCUAAUGUGUUGCUGGAAGAGCUGAUGGACGGCCUGGAUUCGCUCUCGGCGGGCAGACAGCAGGUCCAGAGCGAGGCAGAGCAGUGUGAAGGCGUGCUGGCCAACACAGAGCUGCAAACGCGGCUCUAUCGUCUUUACGACCAGGCCCAGGGGCACGGCAUCGUAAAUCUCAGCGACAUCCAGCUGGAACUGUCGCUGGCCAACGCGAGUCUGCAGAAGCGGCUGACGACGCUGGCCAACCUGACCGACGACUUCCGCGUCCGCUACGUCAUCCCUCCCUGCCGAGUUCACGCUGACCGACUCACGACUGAGGCCGAGCGACUGGUCGGGUGA